AUGAGCGAAGUCCAGACUGUUGCAAGCCCCGCCGUGGUUGCCAUGUACAAGGCCAUUACGGACUUUGACUGGGUUACUGCAAGUAUGAAUGCUGGUGGUGGCGACGGUGGUAGCGGCGGCGGCGGCGGUGAUGGUGGCGACCUUGAUUAUUCUGAAGGUGGUGAAGAUUUAGGAUUUGAGGGAGAUGCAAAUGAGUCUGAGGAUGGUUGGGAAUUAAGAUUCGAGGGAGAUGCAAACGAGUCUGAUGAUGGUGAAGAUUGGAAUGAUGUCCCAGAAGCGCCUCAAAAGUUGGAUCUUCUUGUGAAUGGUGAGUUAGAGGCCGUAGGCGAAGCUCGCGCCAGUGAAAUUCUCGAGAUGCAUGACCUCGAAAUUGCCGCUUUGACUUGGGCCUCGGAUGCGGCAGUGCCACGUUCUGGACGUGUACUCUUUCGCACGAAUAUGUAA